AUUUCCAAAUUCUAACCCAAUUUCGACCUUGCCAGUAUAUAACAAGUCCGAGUCUUCGAACCGUUGAUAUUUUUGCCGGGGAAAUAUGUCGUUAUCUAGUUGGAAACUGGUUGGCGGUGCACUUCCUCCGUCGGUCGGAGAAAACCGGCUACCCACAAAGCCGUCGGCGCUGACAACCACAAAAAGAGCUCUUCCUCUUCAGGUGAGAAGUGAGGGAAAACACAACUCAGGCCCUCCAAAAGUACUUGGCGUUUCACGAAGAGAUGUUAUGCUGUCUUUACCCGCUGCGACACUAGCAGCAGCUACUUUUUUCUCAGUCGAACCUGCUGAGGCACGAAUUGUCAAGCCCGAGAUUAGGAGGAAAAUUCAGGAAAAGCUUGAGAUGCUGAGGGAAAAGGCCGGCUUAUCAAAGCCAAAAACCAAUGAAGGGAAACAGCCAGCACCAUCUUUGCCACCAGUGCCUCUUCCAACUCCUGUGGAAGCCAUUCUCCCUUGAGCAAUGAGAUGGUAAUUAUCUAUGACAUGCAUGAUUUUAAAAUUUUUUCUUGCUUUCUGUGUUGAACACUUGAACUCAAUGUUCACUUUCGAUUUGGGGCCAUAAGCACAAUCUUAUAUAGCAGAAAAACCAAGUUUAUUGUUACAAAAA